UGUAAAGGGUGCUUCUUCGAAGGAGAUUGUAUUUUCCUCCAAACGCAAGCUGGCACUCUUUGCUUGUCCAUACUGUGCCAGCUGGGAAAAUGCGAUGCGUUACGUCGACCAGCAGUGCGGUGGGAGGGGGUUUAUUUUGCUAUCCCGAGGUCUGGAAGCCGGCGAAGGAGACGCUGUGAAAGAAGGGGUGACCUCAUAAGGCCAAUAAACCAAGAUCUGCAAUGGCCUUCAGCAAGGGAUAUCGUAUCUACCACAAGCUGGACCCGCCUCCAUACAGCGUGCUCGUGGAAACGAGGAGCCGUGAAGAAUGCCUUAUGCUGGAGUCUGGAGCGGUUGCCGUUUUGUCCGCAGCGGAGAAGGAGGCCAUAAAGAACACGUACACCAAGAUGCUGGACGCCUAUGGAAUCCUGGGAGUUCUCCGGCUCAACCUGGGGGACGCUAUGCUCCACAGCCUGGUGGUGGUGACGGGGUGCAGCUCGGUGGGGAAGGUGCAGGACUCGGAGGUCUUCCGGGUCACCGCCACGGACUUCGUGUCCCUGAGGAACGACCCCUCGGACGAGGACCGGAUCUCGGACGUGCGCAAGGUCCUGAACUCGGGGAACUUCUACUUCGCCUGGUCCUCCUCCGGAGUCAGCAUGGACCUCAGCCUCAACGCCCACCGCCGGAUCAAGGAGGACACCACCGACAACCGCUUCUUCUGGAACCAGUCCCUGCACCUGCACCUGAAGCACUACGGGGUGAACUGCGACGAGUGGCUGCUGCGGCUGAUGUGCGGCGGCGUGGAGAUCCGCACCAUCUACGCCGGGCACCGGCAGGCCAAGGCCUGCGUCAUCUCGCGCCUCAGCUCCGAGCGGGCCGGCACGCGCUUCAACGUGCGCGGCACCAACGACGACGGACAGGUCGCCAACUUCGUGGAGACCGAGCAGGUUAUUUUCCUGGAUGAUAAAGUGUCUUCCUUCAUUCAAAUCCGUGGAUCUAUACCACUGUUUUGGGAGCAACCUGGAAUCCAGAUCGCUACAUCUCUACCUGACUGGGUCGGCUCGCACCGUGUCAAGCUCUCCCGCGGAUUUGAGGCCAACGCUCCCGCUUUUGAGAGGCACUUCAGCGCACUCAGGAAGCUCUACGGCAAGCAGGUGAUCAUCAACCUGCUGGGGAUGAAGGAGGGGGAGCACAUGCUGAGCAAGGCCUUCCAGAGCCACCUGAAGGCCUCUGAGCACGCGGCCGCGGUCAAGAUGAUAAACUUCGACUACCACCAGAUGGUGAAGGGCGGCAAGGUGGAGAAGCUCCACAGCGUCCUGAAGCCCCUGCUCAGCAAGUUCCUGGAGGACUGCAGCUACUUCAGCUACUCCGGGGAGGCGGGGGUCCAGAGGAGUCAAAGCGGAACCAUUCGGGUGAACUGUCUGGACUGCCUGGACAGAACCAACAGCGUGCAGGCCUACUUCGCCCUGGAGAUGUUGCCCAAGCAGCUGGACGACCUGGGCCUGGAUAAGCCCCAGCUGGUGGGUCGCUUCCAGGAGGUCUUCCGCUCCAUGUGGUCCGUCAACGGGGACUCGGUCAGCAAGAUCUACGCCGGGACGGGGGCCUUGGACGGCAAGGCCAAGCUGAAAGAUGGCGCCCGCUCGGUCACCAGAACCAUCCAGAACAACUUCUUCGACAGCUCCAAGCAGGAGGCCAUCGACAUCCUGCGCCUGGGGAGCACCCUGAACAGCGACCUGGCAGACAAGGCCCGCGCGCUGCUCACCACCGGCAGCCUCUACAUUUCUGAGCCCAUUUUGCAAUCAGCAUCUCCCAGAGUGCUCCUGGGCAUGUGCCAGAACCACUACAAGUACACCACGCCCAAGCAGAUCCGCGUGUGCGUGGGCACCUGGAACGUCAACGGCGGGAAGCAGUUCCGCAGCAUCGCCUUCCGCAACCAGACGCUCAACGACUGGCUGCUGGACGCCCCCAAGAUCGCGGGGUACCCCGACUUCCAGGACAGCAAAGCCAACCCCGUAGACAUCUUUGCCAUCGGAUUUGAGGAAAUGGUGGAGCUGAAUGCCGGGAACAUCGUCAGUGCCAGCACGACCAAUCAGAAGCUGUGGGCGGCCGAGCUGCAGAAGAACAUCUCGCGGGACCACAAGUACGUGCUGCUGGCGUCGGAGCAGCUGGUGGGCGUGUGCCUCUUCGUUUUCAUCCGGCCCCAGCACGCCCCCUACAUCCGGGAUGUCGCCGUGGAUACUGUGAAGACGGGAAUGGGCGGGGCCACCGGGAACAAAGGAGGCGUGGCCAUCCGCAUGCUGUUCCACGCCACCAGCAUCUGCUUCGUCUGCUCCCACUUUGCCGCCGGCCAAUCGCAGGUCAAGGAGAGGAAUGACGACUACAACGAGAUCACCCGCAGGCUCAGCUUCCCCAUGGGCCGGCUGCUGUACUCCCAUGACUACGUGUUCUGGUGCGGGGACUUCAACUACCGCAUCAGCCUGCCCAACGAGGAGGUGAAGGAGCUGAUCCGCCAGCAGAACUGGGACGCCCUGACGGCCGGAGACCAGCUGGUGGACCAGAAGAACGCCGGACACAUUUUCAGAGGGUUCAUCGAGGGGAAGAUCGACUUCCCCCCCACCUACAAGUACGACCUGUUCUCGGACGACUACGACACCAGCGAGAAGUGCCGGACCCCCGCCUGGACGGACCGCGUGCUCUGGAAGAGGAGGAAGUGGAAUUUUGACAAGUCCGCCGAAGAGAUGAAUGUGGUGGCCUCCAUUUCCAACGAAGAGGCCAAGCAGCCACACCCCUGGAGCCCCGGCGCACUGAAGUACUACGGCCGGGCCGAGCUGAAGACCUCCGAUCACAGGCCGGUGGUGGCCGUCAUGGACGUGGACGUGCUGGAGGUGGACCCCGAGGCCCGCCACCAGGUGUACAAGGACGUAAUCGCCCUGCAGGGCCCGCCCGACGGCACUGUGCUCGUCUCCCUCUGCGGCUCCGGCUCCGGCGAGGAAGACUACUUCGACGACGCCCUGAUCGACGAGCUGCUCGACAAGUUCACCGCCUUCGGCGAGGUCAUCCUCAUCAGGUUCGUGGAGGAGAAAAUGUGGGUGACGUUCCGCGAGGGCUACUCUGCUCUGGCCGCUCUGUCGCUGAGCAGCUCGACCGUGCUCGGGAAGACCAUAGAUAUCCGGCUGAAGAGCGCGGGCUGGAUUAAGAGCCUGGAGGACGAGAUGAGCGUGGAGCGGAUCUGCGCGGGCAUCCCCACCUCCGCCAGCUCCACGCUGCUGGCCGAGGACGCCGACUUGGGCGCCGACUACGACAUGGAGGGUGAGGUGGACGACUACAGCGCGGAGGUGGAGGAGAUCUUACCUCAGCACCUGCAGCCUGGGGCGGGGUCAGGACCUGGGACCUCCCCCACGCCGUCCCCCAGGGGGAGCCCCUGCCACUCCCCCACCCAUGGAGAACCCGCAGCCCCCACCCGGCCCAGCAGGGGCGCCCCUCGCACUGCCGGACCCCCACAAGGAUUAAGUCCCACUCCUUGUAGGAGGGAACUUGCAGGCUCCCCCGUGGACCAGCAGCCCUCCUCCUCUCAGAGCCUGGAGCCCAAACGCCAGCCCCCGCCCCGGCCCAACGCCCCCCCGGCCCGGCCCGCGCCCCCCCAGCGCCCACCUCCUCCCUCAGGCGGUAGAAGCCCGACGCCAGCUAGGAAAGAUCUGGGAGGUCGAGGGCAGCCUACAGCGGGUCCACCAGGAGGAGCCCAGAGACCGACCAUUCCCCCCCGAGCCGGGGUCAUCAGCGUCACCCCUCAGUCCCGGCCCCCCCCUCUCGCUCACCCCGGGGCCCCCCGGCCCUCCCCGGACGUCCACCCGGGGGCGCCGCGGCCCACGAGCGAGACGCACCCCGGGGCCCCGAGACCUGCCGCGGGCCCCCCGGGCAAACCGGCGGACCUGCCCCUCGGCCCCACGGCGCAGCAGCAGAUGGCCCCCCCCAUGCAGCCCACGAUGGCGUCUCCCGUCCAGCCACAAAUGGCCACCCCCAUGCAGCCCACGAUGGUGUCUCCCGUCCAGCCGCAAAUGGCCACCCCCAUGCAGCCCACGAUGGCGUCUCCCGUCCAACCGCAAAUGGCCACCCCCAUGCAGCCCACGAUGGCGUCUCCCGUCCAACCGCAAAUGGCCACCCCCAUGCAGCCCACGAUGGCGUCUCCCGUCCAACCGCAAAUGGCCACCCCCAUGCAGCCCACGAUGGCGUCUCCCGUCCAACCGCAAAUGGCCACCCCCAUGCAGCCCACGAUGGCGUCUCCCAUGCAGCCGCAGAUGGCCACCCCCAUGCAGCCCACGUCCGCCCCUCAGCCCAACCCGGGCCUGGCGUCCCCAAAGCCGCCGCCCCGCAGUCGCUCCUCCCACGCCCUGCCUGCUGAGCCCGCCCCUUCCUCUCAGGUCAACGGCGUGAACGGAUUCCAAAGAGAAGCACAAAGGAAAACCGACCCCUUCGCCCCCCUCAGUUCCGGCCUGCCGCCCUGCACCUCCUGGCUCAGCACCCAGCCCCUGACCCGAAGCUGUUCCCUCCGCCACGCCCCAGCCCCACCCCAUUCGGCCCUGUCAGCGUCACUCUCCCUAAACCCCGCCCCCUUCUCCUCCCAGCAAGGCUCCGCCCAGCUCCCGCCCCCGGUGCCCUCGCGUAGCAAAUCCCAGGAGGCCCUGCGGGCCUCGCCCAACCCCUUCCUGUCCGACGGCCAAUCGGCAGGCGCCAACCCGUUCGCCGGCAAGCCGGUCCCCGCCCAGCGCCGCUCGCUCACGCCCGACUUCCACUCCCAGCAGCUGGCGCUGUCCGGCAAGCCCCGCCUCCAACGGGCCGUGUCGGACGUCCCACGCCCCGCCCCCUUGCUGGCUCCGCCCCCGGCGCCAGGGAAACGUGCCCAGCAGUGGGUGACCUUUGAGGAGGUUUUCCCCACCCCGGGGGGAUCUACUCCAGCUGCGCAGUGCCCCUUUCCACCAGUCACUGCCCCAAACCCCGCCCCUGACUCCGCCCCUGCGCAUCCGCACAUCCCGUUCCCCAGCUCUGGGUUCGACUUGGGUGGCUGGGGAGCCCCGCCCACUUCCACAAUCCCAGGAUUCCCUCCUCCCGUUCCGUCAAGGACUGACUCUGGCAACCCGCAGAUACCCUUGAGGCCAGGCAACAGCUUUCUUGCCUCUAAAGAGUUCACAGGAAGAUAGAAUUAUUAUAGAAUAUAAGGUUUAUUUAUCAUUUAUUGUAGAAAUAUGGAGAAAUAUAAUAAAUGUAUGUGUAUGUAUGGUCUGUAUAAAGCAGCAACAAGUGUGUACCCUCACACCGAAUCUGAGUAAGAAACGUAUUGAUGUUCGACCAGGUAGGAGGUGCUCACGUACUCCACUUGUUUCAAAAGACUUUGGUUGUUCGGUACAUCCAUGUGGAAUCACGUUGUUUUGUUCUUGUUUGUUUCCUUGUAUACGUGUUUCCGUAAGUCCGAUGGAUAUUUCACUCUGGCGGGAGAUGCGUGCCUGUGUCUGUACGUGCGCACAAAUAUAUGUUGAACUUGUGCAAUAUUAUAGCUGGUGUUUCUGGCCACGAGCUAUUGGUCUCCGCAGCCGCUCUGUGACUGACAUUCUGCAUCUUUUCAGUGUCUCGAUUUCGAUGGCGUCACAUCGCUAAUAUGCACAUUUAAACCGAAUGCACCCAGUAAGCCCUUAUCGGAAAUGGAUGGGGACAUCAAUGACAGGUUUACACGUGCGGGUCUGGUGACGCACCAUAGAAACUGGAAUGGUUGUUUAUCUCUAGGAUGCGCGUCUGCGAGCAGACGCUUUGGAGAGACCGUUUUUACGGCGGCGUUUCCCUUUCUGUGUCGACGUGUUGCGCCGAGUGUUUUGAAUGCAACGUUGUGUUCCGUUUCGGGAUCAGCCGCAGCGAGCAUCGGUUCGUUUUUUUCCCCGACACCCUUUCAAGUUGUGAAUGUACAAAAAACAGUCAUUCGUAGUAACUGACUCAUUUUCCGGACCAUACUUGAAACGGUGUAUGCGUUCUCAUACAGGGCAGUGGAGUGGGGUGGUGACCCCCUGCAUACAGAUUUCCACAUAUCCACUGUGAGUGAGGCUUCCGUGUCCAUUCCCUUUGCAUAUCCUAUCCUCUUAUGGUUCAGGAGUAAUACUGGAAUUAUGUAUAGUAGAGUAUAUAUGUGAUGCAGUAUAUGCAUACAUAGUGUCUUAUGUAUAUUUUGACAGGAUGCGUGAAUUGGGAAAGUUACUCCGCAGUGGACCUGAUACGCACGUGGUGUAUGUAUGCAUAUGUAUAUACAGUACAUACAUACAUAUACACACAGUGUAUACCGUACGUGCGUAUAUGCCACCAUUUGUUGCAUUUUAUCCAAAGCUGAUAUAAGUACAGACUCCGUUCGCGAUGAAUGUGAUGUGCUUCUGUCACGUUUUGAUGGGAACUUUGGAGAUGGCAUUACCAGUGAGCGUGUUUUUUCCGCGAGGGUGCUUUUUUCCGUGCGGCUAAAUACGCUGCACUUGCUUUGGAAAUUUACAUUGUAGUUUCUUGCAAAGAUGGUAUUUUGUUUGUUUGGUUUUUUUUAAAGAAAGGUAUUCUAAAUGAAAUAUAUUUAUUAUACUGUAGUUGAGAGGUACUGUGCUGUGGUAAGAAUUUAUUGUUGACCACUGUGUUGUGUGUGUUUGGGGAAUUCAAGUGGUUUUAGCAGUCUGUCCGAGCUGCGCUGUCUUGGUUUGAUGGCAGUUAUACUUGGCUACAGUAAAAUAGCCUCGUCCGGAUUAGAAGUCUAACGGGUACCGCAUUCGUUUAUUAACUGGAAGAAAUGGAGAGUCUGGAUCUUACACUACGUUAUGGAUAUGUUUGCUUUAGGAAACCCAGAUCAUGAUAAUAAUCUAAUGUGUUAAAGAAAAUAAACUGCAGUUAUCUUGUUACUCCACGUAGGAGAGCUGUGACACCGUCGGUCGCUGGGAAACCGCUUCAUAAUGCGGCCUUUCUGUUCUUAGCGGGUCAGCAUAUAUUUCAGUGUCGGGCUUGUGUUACAGUCGUGCUGUUGAGGAGCUAGGGUAUCGCUGUUACUGGUUAGGGUAAGUACGAGGUUGCGUCAUUUUUGCUGCCAUGUGUGACGAGCUGGCGCAAACACUGCCACAGCGCGCGCUUGAGCAGCUUUUGCAAUUAUCAAAUCGCCGUUGGUAGUUCACCCCUGUAUAUUUUUUGUACUUUUCUGGCUAUUACAGUGCGCUUCAUUCAUUUUACGAGUGUUUUGUGGUUUGCUACUCCUACCCAAGAGCAGGUAGUUAAGUGGUUAAUUUCCCAUAGAUUUCACCCCUCCCCCCCCCCCCGAGCAUCGAGUGUUUGGAGUAGUACUAUAAUAGUCUGUUAUCCCACCUCUCCUCUCUUCCACUUACAAAAAAAACAAGUGUUCAUUAUGCCAUAUACAUUUUAUGUGAUAUAUAAACGUGGUGAUGUCAGAAAAAAUACCGGUGACGUCAGUAUUGUAAUUCUAGUGUCCUAUCUGCAAGUCUCUAUCUUGGUGUUAACCGACAACAGCAGCUUUUCUGUGAAGCAACCAAUGGGUGGUUAAAAGAAUAAGGAAGAAUUACAAUUUGUGGGAGGAAGAGUGUUGU